GUCUACUUUGAUGUCAAACUGAACUUCCGAUUACGAAUAACUUCCUGUGGUUUCAGACAGUUCCAACUGAGGCGGUUUUGUAGUUAGGUAACAGUAACACAGCUGGUGAACUAUGUGUACAUUUAUUGUUUUCGUAAAAUUGUACUGUUUAAUUUAUUAGGUAAUGUUUUCAUAUAUUAAGUUUGCUAGCGUAGCUCCCUAGCUAGCUAACUAUCAUCGUCCAGUGGCCAGCAAGCUAAGAAACAAAAGCGGCCUUUUCACCGAGCUCAAUUCCAUCGUAUCGGGCCGAGUGAAAUAGCAUUACCGUUUGCUCAGCGGCAUUUUGUGUCACAUAUUCGGGGUUGUAGGAGUUGUUGCUCUCACGCGUUUCCGUAACAUGUGUUAUCGGUAAAUUAUGAGGAAUGCUAGCCAGCUAGCUAGCCCAAACUGCUAGCUAGCUAGUUGGCUAGUUCACAAACUUGGGUCACUGUUGAUCAAACAUUUGAAAUUAAUUCACAAAUGCUUUGCUGGCUGGCUGUAUUGCACGAUCUUCAUAUAGUUGGCUAGCUAACCUUUUUUUCCGUAGCUCAGUACUACUAGCUAACGCGAACCUUUUGCUAACUAAGCUAGCGUGCGUAAAUGCUUCUCCUGCACGAGUGAACCAAAAGGUUUUGAAUGUAGCUAACGUUACUUGUCUACAAAUCUCCUGGAAGUCACUCUCUACCACCGAUAGACUACACGUUCUACGGGAAAUGGUAAACUUUCACAUGAGGUCAUGGAGAAGAAGGCCUUUGAGGGAUGGCUGGAGUCGGUCUCCACCUCCUUCCUCACACUAACCGACCAGCAGAAGAACCAGUCGCUGGACCACCUGAUUGGGCUGAGUGGGGCCGCGCAGCUGCGCCACCUCUCCAACAGCCUGGAGACGCUGCUGAAGCGCGACUUCCUCAAGCUGCUCCCCCUGGAGCUCACCUUCUACCUGCUGCGCUGGUUGGACCCCAAGACCCUGCUAACCUGCUGCCUGGUGUGCAAGCAAUGGAACAAAACCAUCAGCACCUGCACCGAGGUCUGGCAGGGUGCCUGCCGGGACCUGGGCUGGCAGAUCGACGAGUCGGUCCAGGACGCCGCUCACUGGAAGAAGGUCUACCUGAAGGCCAAGCUGAGGAUGAAGCAGCUGAAGAACCAGGAAGCCUUCGAGACGUCCUCGCUGAUUGGGCACAGCGCGCGCGUGUACGCACUCUACUACAGGGACGGCCUCCUGUGCACAGGCUCUGAUGACUUGUCUGCUAAGCUGUGGGAUGUGUGCACUGGACAGUGUAUCUAUGGCAUCCAGACGCACACCUGCGCAGCAGUGAAGUUUGAUGAGCAGAAGCUGGUGACUGGGUCCUUCGACAACACAAUCGCCUGCUGGGAGUGGAGCUCGGGGGCAAAGAUACAGCACUUUCGUGGACACACUGGCGCUGUGUUCAGCAUAGACUACAACGAUGAGCUUGACACUCUGGUUAGUGGUUCAGCGGACUUCUCGGUCAAGGUCUGGUCUUUGUCAGCAGGGGCAUGUCUAAACACCCUUACUGGGCACACAGAGUGGGUCACGAAGGUGGUUUUGCAAAAAAGCCAAGUGGAGUCUGUAAUGCAUAGUCCUGGUGACUAUAUUUUAUUAAGUGCAGAUAAAUAUGAAAUCAAGGUGUGGCCAAUAGGCAGAGAGAUCAAUUGCAAGUGCUUGAAGACCCUGGCCGUGUCCGAGGAUCGCAGCGUGUGCCUCCAGCCUCGACUGCAGUUCGAUGGGCGCCACAUCGUGUGCAGCUCAGACCUGGGCCUCUACCAGUGGGACUUUGCCAGCUACGAAAUUCUCAGUAAGCCAGCAGCAGGGGAAUUGUUGACGUGGUCGCAUGUAUCAGAACGGGUUAUCAAAACACAGGAUUCUGCCAACCUGUCUUUGCUGAGUUUUGGAGAAGUUUUUGCCCUCUUGUUUGACAACCAUUACUUGUAUAUUAUGGAUCUGAGGACAGAGACAAUAACAGGCCGCUGGCCUCUACCUGCCUACAGGAAGUCCAAAAGAGGAUCCAGUUUCCUGCCUGGUGUGACUUCCUGGCUGAAUGGGCUGGAUGGACAGAAUGACUCUGGGCUGGUAUUUGCCACAAGCAUGCCUGAUCAUAGCAUCCAUUUGGUACUGUGGAAGGAGAACGGAUAGGGGCCCAAAAUGCCCCUGGUGUGUUGAAACACAAAAUGUGACGAGAAACUGAUUGGUGCUGCUUAUUUCAAAUCUGUGGCCAUGAAGUCAAGAUACUGCAUGAACCAAAGUUUUGCAAAAACCUGCCACACAACAAAAAAAAACACACAGAUACACACAAUAAGCAUUGUGUAACUCCAAGCUUGUAGACCGUAUGAACAGGUGAAUACAAGCCAGCCAGCAUGUGCAGGUUACAACCAUGUGACACAAAAUAGCACCUGCUGCGCGUACUGCAAUUCAUUUUUUUAACACACACACACACACACAUAUAUAUAUAUAUAUAUAUAUGUGUGUGUGUGUGUGUGUUUGGGUUGUUUUCUUUGUGCAAAAAAGAGUAAAUGAAAAGUAAAACAUUACCACCAACUUCUGUUCUUGCCAGGCAAUAUGCGUCUGAUCUCAACAUCUCUGAAUUUAGCUGAAUUUAGCAUGUUGUUCUUGAAGUCAUUGUACAACCGAGGUGCAGUUAAACCUGUUGGUUUGCUUGUCCAACUCAAAAUGAGUUUGAGGUAAGUUUGCAGGCCAAUUAACCAUAACUGGCAUAUCCCUGUUCUCCCACCCCCACCACCAUAUUACUGUGGAGACCAUUGCUGUGUUGGACAUAUUUCAUUAAAAUGGCAAAUGUGAUAAUUGUAUGACAUGAGAAAGUGGAUCAGACCACUUGCAUCAUUAAACCCACAAUUCCCCCCUAAUCAUAUGCUUUAUAAAGAAAACAUACAUGUAUGUAUGCGUCUUAUUUCGUUAGGUUUUCAGGUAUUAAAGUCACCAUACGUUUAUCAGAUUUAAUUUGAGUGUUUUCAAUCGUAAUCAGCAUCUCUAGUGUGCGAAAUGGUGUUGUAAUUAAAUUUUUGGGUUUUAGCAAUUGAUUUAAAUGAACAUCUCGCACACCAUACCCACCAGUGCAGAAUCGGGGUACCUUGUUUGCUGAGUUUACCUUUAGACUCAGUUUGAGUAAAUAACUAAUGGUUCUUGGUUCUAUAACCCUGCACAGGCAAAACCAGCGCAGUUGACACCCUCCGUAAGUCCUAGCAGAUAUUCAGUGGUUCAGAAGGGAAUAUAGUGCCGUGUAAUUUUGUCUUCCUGAAUUUCACCAUUACGGCAAUAUUUUUUAAAGGAACCCCCGGAGUGCAAGAAGUACUGUGUAUCUGUGUGUGAGCAGUGCAUAUUUACAGCAAUAUGUGAGUAUUUGUACAUAUGUAUACAAGUACUUGUAUAUUAAUGUGUAACGCACAUGUGCGUGUUUGUGUAUGUGCACUUGCAUAUGCACCUAAGUGUACACAGCAGUGGACAAAACCAUAGCAUCACCCAUUUUUAAUGAGAUGUGUAACGUGGAAGUAAAUUAACUAAUAUAAAACAGUUUUCUAUGUUGUGUUGUGUCAGUUGACCCAUACUAUAUCAAUUGCCCAAUCGUGGAUUGCUCAAACUGGACAGCAGCUUUGCACAAGAGCUUCUCUUCCUUCGGCCUAGAAAUGUUUUAAAAUUCUUUUUAAUAAAUGGUAUCACAAUUUCAUGGGUGUAGAAAUGAGUGAUGCAAGCACAGAUCCACUACUGCAUGCACUGUGUAAAUAUGUUGGCUAAUAUUUUACCACAUUUGUAACACCCCCAGGUUGAGCCUAUAUACACAAGUUGCUAUACACUAGUCAUUUAUUUGGUGCCUUUUUUGUGUAUUUGGUGCAAUAUAUGUCCCAUAUAGGCUGCAACCUAAAAUGUCCUUAAUUGGGUGCUAGGAAAUGUAUAUGAGCAUUAGGUAUGGACAAAUUUGGUCACAUACAGUCAAUAUAUAUUGUCAUCCCCAGUUCCUUUGUUAAAAUUAUAACUGACCAGAGCAUCAGCUUCAUCCUUCAUAUAAAAAAACCCAAUGGGUGAGUUUCACAGACACAAAUUACACCAAGUCUUAGACUAAAUUCAAUUUUGAAUGGAGAUUUUCCAUAUAAAACUCAAUUUAGUCCAGGGUUAGCUUAAAGUGUGUCUGUAAAUUUGGCAAAAUAUUUUAACGCCAUUAUUAAACAUCUUUCAUAAUUUUUUUUUCACUAGAAAUUCAAAUCGUAUCGCUUUAAGCAUGAACUGAGCUAAAGCUGUGUAUGGUCUACAGAGAAGGGCAUUGCUUUCAAGAUUUACAAGUGUUAAUAUAUCAGUUUUAAAGGUUGUACAGAUGUUUUGUUUUUAUAAUAAAUGGAAACUCACUUAAGCCCCACACUUCCAUAAAAUAAAAAACAUUUAGAGUAAGAAAUGUAGUUGUAAGGUCAUGUACAUAAAAUAUUUUUUUAACUUAAUGGUGUGAUCAAGGACUUUAUUUAUGCACUGCAUUAUUAUAUUUGAUUAGGUCCUUUCUAGAAAUGUAAGUUCAGUGUAAAUCCUAUUUGCAAAAAUAAUUUAAAGGUUAAGGUGAAACUGAAGAAACAGAAUGUGCACUGCAUUAACUGCAUAGUUUGCUAGAACAUUCCAUUGUUUUCACCCACAACAAAAUAACCCUCCAAAACAGUGCUGCACAUGCUGGCAUUAUUCCUACAAAAACAACUUGCGUCAACUGCAUUUCUGCUGAGUGAUCUUCUCACAGUGUUAAGACUUUCAAAUGUUUUUUUUGUUUUUUUUCCUGAUUGUCUUUAUUUUUAUACUCUUUCAAUAUAAAAAUCCUUGUCAAA